GAGGCAGUAGCCGCAGCAAGCCAAUGCUCUUUGCUGGUGUGGGAUGGCGAUGAUUAUGAAGAGACAAGCUUCACCAGACUGAUUCCUCAGUACCUGAGAUCCAGAGACAAUGGGCGAGUCGUUGCAUUCAGGAUAGGCGAUUCCCUGGAGAGCUUCAGCCAAAGCUGGAGGGAGGUCGCUUCUGCACAUCCCGGCCGCAUGGCCGUUGUGCCCGUUGACCCUGAGAACCUCAUGGAUCGCCUUAGGCGCUAUGAAGAGGAACUGAAGGACAUGCCGCCAGCACGUCAGCGGUAUGUGAUGCUCGGCCGCCUGGCUAUCGAGGCGAGUGGAGCUAAACAAGUUGUUGCACUUGGUGGCGGAAGCAUCAGCCAAAAGGAGGCUGAGCUCAGUUGCGGAGAGGACAUCUUCUGGACAGUUUUCGCUCUCAGCCGCGGAAAACCUGAGCAGGCACCUACUCUGAUGGACUGGGCUGCAGCCAAUCCCAAAAUUGCGAAGCUUGUGGGCGGUCAGGACCCGGAACAAAAGCUUGGCUUUUUUACCGACUCCGGCAAGGAAUGGUCGGAGCAGCACAAAGUGCCGCAAAGCCCGCGAGGUUCUGCCAGACCUGGCUAA